GUUUGGUUCGUGGAAAUCAAAAGCACGUGAAAGUCAGCGAGCUUGUAACUUGUUCAAGUAUAGCUAUACAGAACUUAGAAAUGAAGAGAGUAGGAGUCAUAGGAGCAGGAGCAGCAGGUCUAUGUGCAGCUCGACAUCUAGCUGCUCGACCUGAGUUUUUCAUCUUUACAGUAUUUGAACAGACUGGUGAUGUAGGAGGGACAUGGUGCUACCAAGAUAAUGUAGGCACAGAUGAGUUUGGUCUUCCAGUGCACUCCAGCAUGUACAAGAAUAUGAGAACAAACUUGCCCAAGGAAAUCAUGGGCUUUCCAGAUUUUCCUUUUCCAGAAAAUGAAGGUGGCUCAUUUAUUCAUCACAGUAAAGUUCUUGGUUAUCUCCAGAAAUAUGCAAAAUAUUUUGACCUGAUCAAAUAUGUCCAGUUUUACAGCCAUAUCUUGGAAGUUAAACCUGUUACUGUUGACAGAAGCCAUUUACACUGGGAAGUGAAAGUAAAGAAUUUACGAAGCAGAGAGUCAACACAACAUAUCUUUGAUGCCAUUAUGGUGUGUAAUGGUCGCUAUGCUUGUCCCAGUUUUCCUGAUAUUAAGGGAUUAGAAUCAUUUCCAGGUUGGGUAAUACAUAGUCAUGACUAUCGUUCAAACGUUCCGUACAAAGGAAAACGUGUGGUUGUUCUUGGAGCUGGACCCUCUGGUGUUGAUAUUUCUGUUGAAUUAGCUGAAGUUGCAGAACAGGUUAUUUUGAGUCAUAACAUGAACAAAAAGUUUCUUGAAAAGUGUCCACAAAACUUUUCAGAAGAAGUUGGUAUUUCUAAAGUAACUCAAUCAACAGUGAGGUUUCUAAAUGGUCGUGAGUUUGAAACGGAUGUUCUGAUUCUAUGCACAGGUUAUAACUAUGAUGUUUCAUUUCUGCAUCCUGAUUGUAAAGUAUUUGUUCAGGACCAACGAAUGCAGCCUCUGUAUAAGCACCUUAUACACAUUGAAUUUCCAACACUGGCUAUUUUUGGUGUGCUAAAAACAAUACUACCAUUUCCCAUUUAUCAUCAGCAGGUGCUGCUUUUUUUAAGGGUACUUGAUGGAUCAGUUAUCUUGCCAAGUGAAAGUGAGAUGAAAGAAGAUGAAAAGGCAGAUUUUGAUCUUCGGAUGCAGAUGGGUUUGCCUUCCAGAUAUGCACAUAAAAUGACAAGAGACCUCCAGUGGAACUAUGAUGAUGUCAUUUCCAAAAUUGGAAAGUUUUCUCCUAUUCCAAAAGUAGUCAGAGAUUUGUAUAAUCAUAUUAAUGAUGUGAGGCAGAAAAAUCCCAUUGAUUACAAGGAUCAUUGCUAUAAAAUUGUAAACAACAGUACAUUUUUAAAAUUGGAAGACUAGUUAUAUUGUUAUUCAGUAUGUGUUAUUAAUGCAUAUUUAGUAUAUUAGCAACUGAAAUUUGAUAAAGUUCUAGGUCAGUAAAAAUGUAAGUUUUUAACUAUAGAAGAGCAUUUUAAGAAAUGCAGCUCAAAUUUUAGGGUUUGUUAACAAUUAUUCUGCAGUAUUUUAGCCAAAUUAUAUUGGAUUUGGUACAUACACUUUUUUACGGGUCCCGAACAAAGAUAUAGAAAAUUUUGGAAUUUUUGUCUUUUACUCAAUUUUUCAGCAAGAAAGCACAAUUCGGGUUUUUCUUGAACUAUUCAUGUGUAUGUCAACCAACUUACAUGAAAUUGGAUACAAAAAUACAUCCUUGUAGGUACCAAGCAGUGAUAUAGUUUUUAAUUUUUCUGUGUCUUUCAUAACUUUUCUGGUGUCAAAAUUGGCCAUGUUGAAAUUGAAUGAUGGCAACAUGUUGCAUUCAUCUGCAAAUCUUGGCCAUUUUAAUUUUAACAACAGUGGUAUUGAGUCUUUUAUACUUUCUAAUUAUAAUUUAGAACUUUAUAUAUAUUAUGUGUGAGUGAGUGUGUAUUUGUUGGAGGAAGUCUUGGAUUGUAGAAAAUCUAUGAGUAACUUAGGCACAUAAUAAUUACCUUAAAAAGUAGGGUAAGAGAAAAUAAGAACUGUCAUAUAAUUUAUUAAGAUUGAUAAUUUAAACACUUAAAAAUUAAAAUCUGUCACAUUUAAUUUUAUGCUGUUGUAUUCUAUUUAAUAACGAUUAUGUUUAACUUAUAUUAGAAUGCAUUCUGUAUGCUAACGUGGUCUAGCUUACUAACACGUUUAAUGCAAAUUGAUCCAUCACACAAAAUUUCAAAAGUACUUCUGUGUUUAUUCUCAUUCCUUUGUAAUAUGAGAGCCGAUAGUAGGAAUAAUGAUACCCAACAUGAUGAGGCUAAUUUAAAUUAAUUAAUUUAAUCUUUACAAACAUAGGGUCAUAAUGUGGCUUGUUAAAAAAAAAACAUUUAUGUACCCUUACAUGAGAAGCACAUUUCCACUUUGAAAGGUUCAUGAUUCUCAUCAGAAAAAAAUGUGAAAUAGUGCAGAUUUUUGUCCAAACAGUUUUAUGUAAUCAAAUAGUUAGGGUUGUAGAAAUAUGGCUACGAAAUAUUUUCUCUUCUUUAGGUAUGCUGUUUAAUUUCUACUUAAGAUUUUUUGGUUUAUUGACCAAUUUAGUAGGUUCUUAGAGGAAAAACAAAAUAGCAUAGGUAUUUUUUUCAUUUUGUUAGUUGUUUUGUAUAGAGCCCCAAACAUUGUUUUAUUGAUCAGCUUAUCCCAAAGAUGUGUUUCUUAACUCCAUUUUGAGUAAUGCUUCAAAUUAUAAUUAAAAUUAAAAAAGAAAAAAUUAUGCAAAUAUGACAGAAUUUAUUUUUCAUAUUUUAUGUAUAUUAAUGCUAUUUUUGAAAAAUAUACAACGUAAGUGUACAAUUAUGUUAAUGUUUGCUUUCAAGAACAUUACGUCAUAGAUAAAUAAUGUUUUGUUUUUUUCACUUACCUCCCUUCUUACAAAAAAGAACUUCAAUGAUUGAUUUCUCACUGGAAAAAAAAAUUCCAAAAUAAUAAACCAGCAACCUACUGAAAAAGCAAACGCUUUUAUAACCACUAAAAGUUUCACAUUUUAAAGCUUGAUAAAAUGUGGGAAAGGAGAUGAAAGUUUGUUGACAUACUCUUAAAUGUCAUCAUAUUAUGUGUAUUUAUAUAUUUUAUUUUAAAAAUAAAAUUAUAAAUAUUUACUAAGUUCUAUACAGUUGAUCUUAGGUUGAUAAAAUUUUAGUAUGUGAAAAAAUUUGAUAAAAAAGAAAUGACUUUGUUAUUAUCAUACUUUAACAGAUUUUAUACUGAAAAGACAUUAGUUAAAUGGUGCAAAGUGUUGAAAAUUAUAAUCAUUUGUUUGUCUUUUAUACUUCUUUUAAUGUAGUUUGUUUUACUUGUUGAUUAUAUUUGAAAUGGAAGAGCUAGGAGCAAAUAAAGUUGUGUACUUUGUUUAUACAUGACUGAAUUUUGUUUUCAAUUUCAGUAAUAGAUUUUAUUCCAUGUAGGUGAGAAUUGAAUUUAUUGCAAAACAUUUGUUAUUUUUUGUUUAUGUAUUUUAAUUCUUGGAUUAAAUCAAACCAUUACUUUCCUGUCUUUCUUCCCCCCCCCUCAAAAUAAGUAUCAUCAUGUGGUAAAACUUGACUACUGACAUAGUGACCAUUCAGUCUGAAGAUGUAAUUACCAAUAUCUAAUUACACAACUCUAUUCAAUUAUUUUAAUUAAGAGAUGGUAUGCAAUUUCUUCCAAAUGGUUGAAAAAAAAGUCCAUUAAAAUCUAAAGCUGAGAUAUAAAAAUCCAUAUUUUUGUUCAAGUUAAUCAAUCCAAUUUUUAUAUAGAUUAAUCAGUAAUCAGUAGCACUGACUGAUUAAUAGAUAGCAUUGUUGAAACUUAUGUUACCACGACUAUAUUUAAUAGAUAUAUGGAUGAUUGGAUGUGAAUUGUGUUGCAAACAAACUAACAUGGUUAGAUGAGGCAACAUGCUGUCAGUUGGUUGGAAGAAUAAGAAAAAUUAAUAAUAAAAGAAAGAUUACUGACUAUCAGAUUGUGUAACUGACCAUAAUGGAAAAAUGGACAUACAUUGAUGCUUUCAAAUGUAUUGAAUGAUGAAUAAGACAUGAAGGUUUUAGGUAAUCAAUAUAGGUAUUUUUUCAUUGUAUUAUAUCUAUUUCUAAUUCCCUUUUACUAACAUUUAUAACGUCCUGUUAUGUACUUUACAUCUUAGGUAAAACUGAUAAGUGGCAACUUUUCUCCUUUGAUCUUAUAGCCAAUAAUUAUAAUAUAGUAAUCCAUGACUCCAGAAGAGUGCAAUAAAGACAGUUCAUUGAAAUCAUUUUUCAUAUUAAAAAUGCAUGGAAAUGUUACAUUUGUUUUUAGUUAUGUAUAUAUAUAAAUCUUUUAAUAGUUGAGAAAAUGUGUUCCCUGAAUAAGAUGGAAUAUAAAAUGAUUGAUCUUCAUUAAAAGAUAUAUUAAUUAGUGAAACUGUCAUAAAUGGCUUUUCCUCAUGGUAGGUAAAAUCUAGUACACAAAUGUGCAUCACAUGGUACAACUUUGUAAGAGAUGAAAGUGAAUUUCAAUCAUGUAGUUGUCAUGAAUUUUAGAAAGUUGAUAAAUUUAUUUUUGAAACACUG